CCAGGAUCCAAAAAGUGCUUAUCGUUUUACUCGUGAAUUGUCGCUGGAAAAAAGAAAAAGAAAAACUGUGGACGAGGAAGCUUUCGAACUGUUCAGUUGGGACGAGGUUUAUUGAAUAAAACGAUCGCUGCUCGCCAAACGUAUGAACAGCGAAAUUAUAGCGAAGCGAGAGUUUGAAACUUUAGACCGACGUUGUUUUAAAGCGGCGAUGAGCGAUUUAGUAAGCCCACCGGGCCCGAAAUAGUGCUACUUUCGCCCUUUCCUUUCGUCUAACCACCUGUUAUUUGCGAUUAUUAAUCGUCGCUUUGGAUAAAUUUUCAACGAGGAUAAAAUCUCAAAAUCUCCUCCAUAUUUAACGUAUGUUAUAAUACGAUUGAUUUUAAUCUCUCGAAAGGUAAAUAACGAAGGAAUGAUAAAAGAUUGAGAACCGCUGGCCAUGGAAACCGGUCGUGGAGGGGAGGGAAAAUGUUGCUCGUUGCGCGGAAUGCAUCUCUUGGCCCGCAUUAUUACGUACGUAUUCCGGGGAGAAUAGAAACGCGAACGGUGCAUUGCUCGGUUGUGUACGGGAGAGGGAGAGGUGCAGCGGCCCCGUUUAAUCCGAAAAAGCAAUCCGCGCUAGCUCGUCGGCUUUUAUGGGCAAUUUUAACGAGCAUCAUAAAUCCGGAUGAUACGCUGUGUCGUUCGACCCGUGUCGUAAAUUACCAGGAAUAUUUUCGUAUCGUAUUAACCGCCGAAGAAUGUCCACGCGCGCAUGCGCGUAGUACGCGUACCUAGAGACCGAUCGAGACAUUUUUUAACGUCGCGUUUGCUUGUUUGUUUGUUUGUUUGUUUCGAGUGAAAACAAGAUUGCACGUGUUUUAUACCGGUAAUAAUUAAGUUGGUUUGAUUCCUCGAGUGAUAAUAAACGUGGAACGAUACUUGGAUUUUGAUAAUUUUUUGAAUAUACGAGUAUGCGGCGACAUUCACGGACAGUUCUACGACCUGAUGAAGUUAUUCGAAGUGGGCGGAUCACCCUCCACGACAAAGUAUCUCUUCCUCGGCGAUUACGUAGACAGGGGUUAUUUCAGUAUCGAGUGCGUAUUGUACCUGUGGGCACUUAAGCUGUGCCAUCCAACCACACUGUUCCUCCUUAGAGGCAAUCACGAGUGCCGUCAUCUCACGGAAUACUUCACAUUUAAGCAAGAAUGUAAAAUAAAAUACUCGGAGAGGGUGUACGACGCUUGCAUGGACGCGUUCGACUGUCUGCCGCUGGCGGCCCUCAUGAACCAACAGUUCCUCUGCGUGCACGGUGGACUCUCGCCGGAAAUUCACAAUCUAGAAGACAUACGCAAAUUGGACAGGUUCAAAGAGCCCCCGGCGUACGGGCCAAUGUGCGAUCUACUCUGGUCGGAUCCGUUGGAGGACUUUGGAAACGAGAAGAACGCCGAACAUUUCUCCCACAACAGCGUCAGGGGUUGUUCGUACUUUUACAGUUACGCGGCGUGCUGCGAUUUCCUGCAGAACAACAACUUGCUGAGCAUCAUUAGGGCGCACGAGGCACAGGAUGCGGGUUAUCGCAUGUACCGGAAAUCUCAGACGACGGGCUUCCCAUCGCUAAUCACCAUCUUCAGUGCGCCCAACUACCUCGACGUUUAUAACAACAAGGCGGCAGUGCUGAAGUACGAGAACAACGUGAUGAACAUCAGGCAGUUCAACUGUUCACCUCAUCCUUAUUGGUUGCCCAACUUCAUGGACGUAUUCACGUGGUCCUUGCCGUUUGUAGGUGAAAAAGUGACAGAGAUGCUGGUGAACGUGCUCAACAUAUGCUCGGACGACGAGCUGAUGAGCGACGGAGACGACGGGCUCGAAGAAGUCGCAGCGAAAGUCGUUGUCCAAAAAAAGAACGGUGCAGCAGCCAAUCUACGCAAGGAGGUUAUCAGAAACAAGAUCAGAGCCAUUGGCAAAAUGGCGCGCGUCUUCUCCGUCCUGAGAGAGGAAAGCGAGAGUGUGUUACAAUUGAAGGGGCUCACGCCCACUGGAGCUUUGCCUCUCGGUGCGUUAUCGGGUGGCAAAACGUCGCUAAAAAACGCUCUCCAAGGUUUCUCACCGAACCACAAAAUCACUUCGUUCGCCGAGGCGAAGGGUCUGGACGCUAUAAACGAAAGGAUGCCGCCAAGAAAGGACGCUCCACCCACGCCCGUAACCGAAGAGAAGCCUGUGAUAAAACCGCCGGCUAUGCCAGAGAAGCGAGAGCCAUGCACACCGCAACCGCAAUCGUGAGCCUCACACUCGUCCAAUCAAGGUGGCAAGGAUGGGUGUUAAGGUCCCAGUGCUGUCGCCGCCACCGCCGAAAGAUCCAAACCAUCGCUCGUCUCUCACCCCCGGUUAUUGUCGCCAGCGUGCCGUUCGUCGAGUCGAGAAGGAAGUGCCAUCCCGAGGAGGAGCGUUCACCACGAGGGAAUCGAUCACGAGAUGGAAGAUGCGGAGGAACGCGUCAUGGGAACAACGAGCGUCGUCGUCGUCGUCGCGUGUGCUGCACGCGUCUCGGCAGCCGCUGCUGCGACAGGUGCCCAGGACGACGAUGGAGAUGCUCGACAAUCGGUCGCCUAGCUUCGUUCAACUCGCGUCAAAAACGAGGCGAAGCCUCGUUCACCUGCCGGGAGGAGCUGCACGCCCGGCGUGCCCUCGUCUCUUUUGUCCUCUUCCUCCCUGCGGACGACGACUCGUACGAUCUUCUGUCACCGCUCUACGAUCCGUGGUCGCGUUGGAUCACGACUUAGGAGCCGUUUAACCGCGCUGGAGCGAGCGAGUUUGUUUGUACGGGAGGAGAAAAGCGAGAUCUCCGUGUGUAUGCGUGUGUAUGCGAUCGAAUAUAUGUCGUUUAUAUCGUGGUAUAUCGGAAGUAUAUUUAAAGAUGUUCCGUUGAAGUAUGCGAGAAGUUGGCGAUGAAGAAAACGGAGAUGAGGAACCGAGUUUCGUUUCAAGUGUUCUUUCGUGAUGAUGCUUGAACGCGCAUAGACACGGAGCCGAGUCAAAUAGGAGCAAAGCGUAUCGCGCUUUAGAUUCGCCGAUUUUUUUAUCAGGGAUCCUGUUGUUGUGGUAGGAAAGCGUAUUAUACUAUAAAUAAGUAUGUAAGGUAAUUCGAUGGAAAAUUGUUCUUCUCGGAUCGAGCUAAGGCGGGAACGGAUAGGGGAACGUUGUUGUUCGACUUUCUGUACGCGAGGCGAAUAACGAUCGAGGCAAGAG